ACCAUGGUGGAUGUGAAAUGUCUGAGUGACUAUGAAUUACAGAAUGAACUUGAUAAGCUUGGAUUUUCACCUGGUCCAAUACUACCUUCUACCAGGAAAGUGUAUGAGAAAAAGCUAGUGCAAUUGUUGGUCUCAGCUCCCUGUGCAUCACCUGCAAUGAAUGGACACAGAGAGCUGGACAGAGCUCAGGACCGUGAUGACAGUGAAGAGCUUAGUGCAACUAUCAUUUUGAAAGGAAAUAUCAUACUCUCAUCAGAAAAAGACAAGGGACCCGAAAAAAAACCUAAGGCUUCCACCGCUAAACCCAAAGUCCCGGACGUCUACUGCCUGGACUAUGAGCAUUCUGAGGGAAUAAGGUGUGCCGCGAGAGCAUCCAACACCACAGGCCGAGAAUGGAGUAUCACCAAAGAGAAGGCCUACUGCACGGGGAACAGGAGUGCCGGGAGCAGGGACCUCGAAAGUUUUCCAGCGGCCUUGAAGCUCGCUGUGUUUGGCAUCUUCAUCAUCGUGGUGUUUGUCUACAUAACCGUGGAAAGGAAGCCGCUCUUUGGUUGAGUGCUUUAGGAGUAGAGCAAUGAGCACGAGCCUGAGCAUUGCUCCAAGCCCUUCUUGGAGCAAAAGCUUCAGGAAAGGACAGGACUGCUCUGAAGGGGGAGGCCCAGCCCUGCACCUAGCAGCCUUCCCUUGCACUGUGCUGCUCCCGGCUCAGCCAGGUGGAAGGAAGGAGGGGAGAACUAGGGACUUGUGUCAAAGAACUUGAUGGUAGGGAAUUCCCGGAGUCAUGUCGGCCAUCAUUAAAGGUGCUUCCACGUUUGAGGAGACUUCUAAAAAGGAAACUGUGCCUGGGGUUUUUCUUUUUAACUAUGGUAAUAAGCCAUAGAUCACAUUCUAUUCACCCCUCAAAUUAUAUAGUCAACUAUGGGAAAGGCCACAACAGGUAAUUAACAAAAAAGGAAUAUGUCUGGUUUGGCAAACACAAAGAAAUAAAUAUCCAACAUCAUCAGUAAGAAAGGAAAACAAUUUAGAACAAGAUACCAUUUUUGCCAUUGAAAGUUAGCAAGAUUUGAAAACAUUAAGUCCUGAUGAGAGAGUGUAAUGACCGUGGCCACUGGGACCAGGCAGAACUGGGUAGGCACCUGGCUCCUCUGUUGGUUGGCUCUGUGACCUUGGGUGAGUUGGUUGUCUUCUCCGAGCUUCAGUUUCAACUUCUGAAAAUAGGGACAGAAUAGACCUCUUCGGGUGAUGAAGAAUUUGAAGAAAUAAUGCAUGUGAAGUACUUAGUGUGGUCCACACCUGACUGGUAGUAAGCCCUCCAUAAACAUAAGCAAUGUUAUACUUUGGCACAACAUUUCCACUUCCGAGAGGAGCUAAUUCUAGACAGAGAGAAGUCUUCAGUACCAAGAAGUUGACUGGAGCAAUUUUUAUGGUAGCCAAAAAUGUAGAACCAACCCAAAUAUCCAAUG